GCUGUUGACAGCCGUGUCCUGUAGCAAGUAUCGAUAAUUGUCCGAUCAAUUCAACAACCACCGGCAUCACUGCGAACCGCAGGAGGAUGGGAGAUAGUAUGCCUGCAGGCGCACCGUCUGCUAUCGCUCAAGGCGCAAAGUCGAAGAAUAAGAAGAACAAGAAGUCCGCGGCGAAGAACAAGGCGAAGAACGAGCAGUCAAAUGAUACCUCACAAUUAGAAAAUGAGCCGGGGCCAUUGAAUUCUGGUGCUGCUGAUGGGGAUGGCGACUCCGUUAAAGAGAGCGAGGCAGAGACGGUAGAAGAGCAGGAGGAUGAUGGAGAUGAUGGGACGAACCAUGUCGAUCUACCUGUUCGGACGAAUCCGUCCUCCAACUCAGAUGCGCAAGCCAACAACGAUGUAGUCGCAAACAAUUCAUCUGCCUCUACUCCGCUCGAAUCCGAAGAUCGAUUCAAUGCACUAGUACGGGAGAGAGACUCUCUACGAGAAGAAGUGACGCGGAUGCGAAAGUCUUUAGAGGAGAUCCAGUCUAAGCAUAGGGAUGAAAAUCAAGAUUUACAACAGAAAUUGGAAGAGUCCGAAAGCAAGAAGGAGCGCGCCGAAAGCCAGUAUCAGAAGCUACUGGAGAGAGUCAACACCAUCAAGUCGCAGCUCGGAGAAAGGCUAAAGGAGGAUGCCGAAGAAAUCGGUCAAGCCCGUGCUCGGAUAGAAGAAUUAGAGGAGCAGAACUCGAACUUGAAUGCCGAGUUAGAUGCAAAGACAUCAGAGUUAUCGGUAAUGGCGGAAGAAGCCGAACAACGAUCGAAGGAGCUUUCUAUCCUGCGGGAUCGGACGAGCUUGUCGCAACAAAAUUGGCUCAAGGAGAAAGAAGAGCUGCUUGAGCAAGAAACCUACCUCCGGACCGAAUUCGAGGAAGCGAAACAAGCCAUGCACAACUGGGAGGUUCUUGCUAUGGAAGAACGGUCCAUCCGAGAAAAUCUCGAAGGGAAAGUUGUCGACAUUGAAGAACAGCUCUCCGCCCUUAGGGAGGCGUAUGAAAAGGCUGUAUCUGAGCGCGAUAGUCAAGCAGUGACCGUUGACGGUCUUCAGCGAGCCCUCCAAGAAAUUCAAACAGCGCGUAAAAAGGAACUGCGUGAGCUUGUGGAGAGCUCUGAUGCUCAGCUCGAGGAGCUCAGGCAGUCCGUCCGUAACGCGGAGAAGAGGGAGUCUGAAGCUCAAGAAGCACUCCAACACGCCCAGAAAGAGCUGGAGAGGUUGCUACCGUUUGAGAAGGAAGUGAAAGAGAAGAAUCUUCUCAUUGGGAAGUUGAGACAUGAAGCAGUUACACUUAACGACCAUCUUACGAAAGCUCUGAGAUUUCUCAAACGAGGAAAACCAGAAGACAAUGUUGACAGGCACAUUGUUACCAACCAUCUACUGCACUUCCUCGCCCUGGAUCGAUCAGACCCUAAGAAAUUCCAGAUUCUACAGCUAAUCGCAGCACUUCUGGGAUGGACUGACGAACAACGAGAGCAAGCAGGUCUAGCACGACCAGGCACUUCAACUGCAUCCAGCCGCCUAAGAGUUCCAAGCGCCACGAUGCAUCGUAACCCCAGCACACCGUCAUUGGUAUCUGAGUUCAUGGACAGCGGAAACGCCAGCAGAGAAUCACUAGCCGAGUUAUGGUCCAAUUUCCUCGAACAGGAGGCGCAAACAGGACCUGAAAACCAACACAGAACCGGUACUCAGCCCAGCCCUCAGCUUCAGAAAUGAGCCGGUUUGUUUCAAUCCGCCUCCGUGCACUCUGUACAUGGCCUCUGGCUUCUACAAGGGACCGACGUUCCUUUUUGAGUUGUCUACUCUCAGAGAAAUCCUACGCCUUCAGUGGACCUACACAACUGCUUUUUCUGUCACGCUAUGAUUAUGGAAUCGUCCAUGUUUUUCUUUUGGCAACAUUGUUUUCUUUCCCAUCGUAUUGUACAAUAACGGAUUUAUGCCAGCAGCAACUUGACUAUUCUUCAGGGAUGUUAUAUCACU